AUGAUCUUGAACGGGCCAGCGACUGCUGAUUAUGAUGAAGAUCUCGGAUCUCUAUUUCUUCAAGAUUGGAGUCAUAUUGAAGCGUUCACACUCUGGAACAGUGCAAAGUUGGGCGCCCCUCCAACCUUGGAAAAUGGUCUUAUCAAUGGGACUAACACCUUUGAUUGUACCGAUUCUACUGACGCAAAGUGUGUCGGUGGUGGGACAAAGUUUGAAAUGACAUUUGAGGCGGGAAAGAAAUACAGAAUCUCCGUUGUCAAUGUCGCUAUCGAGGGUCACUUUCAAUUUUCCAUCGAUGGCCACAGUUUGACUGUCAUUUCCAACGAUCUUGUUCCAAUUGUUCCAUACACCGCCGAUAGUAUUCUGAUCAACAUUGGCCAGCGGUACGAUGUCGUUGUCGAAGCGAACGCGGACCCCGGCAACUAUUGGCUGCGAGCAGGUUGGACUACAGCUUGUGCUACGAACGACAACGCAGACGGCAUGACAGGUAUUGUGCGUUACGAUUCAUCAAGCACUGAUGACCCGACCACUACUACUUCUGUGGAGGAAUCCUCCAGCUGCAGUGACGAGGCUCUCGCCAGUCUGGUGCCGCACCUGUCCCUCGACGUGACAAAUAUACCUAUCAUAGCCAAUGAGGCUCUAGGCUUCACAUUCGAUGAAUACUUCAAAUGGACCAUUAACACAACAAGUUUAUACUUAGAUUGGGCAAGCCCGACUUUGUUGAAGAUCUUCAACAACGAGUCGAUCUUCCCAACUGAAUACAACGUCGUCGCCGUUGAUAAAUCCUCUACAGAUGCAGAAUGGGCUGUAUUGGUAAUUCAGGAUGAGACAGGCUUAGGGCUUUCUCACCCAAUUCAUCUCCACGGCCAUGACUUCUGGGUUCUUGCUCAGAGCACAGGCGUCUUUGACGGAACUACAUCAAGUUUCAACACAGCAAAUCCGCCUCGUCGUGAUGUUGCUACACUACCAGGUAACGGGUAUCUUGCCAUUGCAUUUAAACUCGAUAACCCUGGAGCAUGGCUUGUACAUUGCCACAUUGCUUGGCACGCUAGCCAGGGCCUGUCUCUUGAAUUUGUAGAGAGUCAGAGCGACAUUUCUGUCACUCUGACAGACACUGAUAUAUUCAUGGACCAGUGCUCAUCCUGGGACGUUUACACCGCGAGCGAGGUGUUCCCUCAGGACGACUCUGGUAUUUAA